GCAAUAAAGAAAGAUUAUGUUUUUUGAAGGAGAGAAAAGUAUUAUUGGGUAAUUCUUCGGCCACUGUUUUUAGUGAGUGAUAGAGAGUUUUAAAUUGUUAGAGAGACCAGAAGAAGACUAGUCUUUUUGUAAUAAUAUUUUAUACGGAGGAGUAAUCGUGCUGACAUGACAAUAGAGUGGCCAAAAGUAGGGAUACUCACCCAAAGACACAAGUACACGUACUAUUCUCAUUUUUUUACUGUGACUGACCAUGUCCUGAGCAAGAAGUAUUCCUGCAGGGACAUUACUUGCAUUAGCAUCAACAAGAAGACGCUAUUAGCUGAGAUCACUCACCUUUGGCUCUAUGACAGCACAACGGGAUUCGCUAGACUAAAACUAUACACUCUUCCUCAGGAUUUACCUCAUGGAAGAACCCACCAUCAUGGAGAGCAUGAGUUGCUGCUCUUCUAUAAGCCGGUCAUAAUGACUUGCAAGCACCUUCUGUCAAUAGAACAAAUUGAUGCUCCCUGGUCACUUGGUGUACCCCUUCAACCUCUCCCCCACGUCUCCCCCCCUCCCUCUCCCCCUCUCUCCUCUCCCCCUUCCCCCCACCAGUCCUCAUCCUCCAGUACUCAGUUGCUCUACUGUAACGAGACUAUGGUACCCAUAGGUGGGUUCCAUGAUGGCACUGACGUCUCUCCAGCUACCAGUCCUGUUAUCAGUCGCUGUCCCAACUCCAUCGACACAUCCUUUAAAGUUAUAGUAUUCUCUUUUGCUGCUUAUUGCCGCUAUCGUGCCGUCCUCAAGCGGUUCCAGCCAGACCCCUACAUGUACAUGAGUUUUCCUCUUGUCCAGGCUUUGGGCGGAGUCUCUGUACCAACCACGCCCACCAUUGCUAUGUUCUGUCGUAAAACGUUUCGUGAUCUAUCGCUAGAGAGAAGAUUAAUGACAAUGGAAAGUCCUAGUAUCAUGACAGACCUUAAGCAGCUCCCAAACCAUGUCUACUCAUUCAGUGGUCUGAGUGAUAAUGGGGACCUUCCUUUCAAACGGAAGAGAGGCCGCCCACGUAAGAACGAGCCCCUCCUCCCUCCUCCUCCCCCUCCCCCUCAGGGGAAGAAGAGAGGGCCAGGUCGACCACGGAGACAUCCCCUGCCAGAGAAGAAACCUAAACUCAGUGGAUGUGGUACAGGAGAGUCACCAGAGAGCUCCUCCCUAUCAGCUAGCAGCAGUAGCAGUAGCAGUAAUGCUGCCAUUACUGGCUCCCAGUCUUCAAUGUCAGUUCAAUACAACACUAAUAGUAAUUCCUCAGAGAUAUCUAAUAAUGAGGACCCCAACUCUGAUGAUGGGUCUGAUCUCUCUCCCAAUGAAGACAGCUCUCGCUCUCUUAGACCUCGUGAGAGUAUCUUACCUCCUCCUCAGUUUCGGGAUGACAGUAUUUAUGAUACGAAACUUAAUUUUGUUGAUCCUCCUGUAGUGAAACGUCAGCCACCAGCCCCUGUUUUAUCCCCUCCCCCUCCUCCUCCUCCGGUUCCUUUAGCUCCUCCUGCUCCUUUAGCUCCUGCUCCAAAACCUGACAAACCCGUCAUACCCAUUAUACCAGAGAGGAAAGAUACAUGUGUUGCUAUUAAUAAUUACGUCAAAACUCAAACGCCACAAGUACCACCAUCACUCCCUCCUCCUCCCCCUCCCCCCAUAUUGCCUCACCCCACACCUCCUCCUUCCCCUGCUCUAACGAUCACUCCUGAUGUCCGCCAGCUCCUCAGGGCUCACUUGCUAAAGGCACAACACGAUGGACAGUCCCAGGCUGUCCUUAAGGAUCUUGAUGAGCACCUACUGGAGGAGAAACCUUUCCUUGAUCUCUUGUUCUGCUUCAUGAGGUUAAGGAACACUCCAAUUCACAAAAUACCAAGACUUGGCUCUAAAUACUUGAAUUUGUAUAGUUUGUUUCAUUCCACAACACGUAUGGGAGGAUAUGACCAAGUCACUGUCAACAGGAAGUGGAGCAGUGUCUUUGACAGUAUGGGCUACAGUACAACUAUGACCUGUGCAUCAACUGUCACUAGGAAACAUUACGAAAAGUUGUUACUGCCGUUUGAGAAAGCUCUCAGUGCCAUGAGACAAGCAGCUGCUCAAAGGACACAGUAACAAACAGCCCCUAUAUAUUUUAUUUUAUUUAUUUUCUUCUUAUUAUUAUUAUGCAUGUUUAACUCUUUUUUUUUAAUAGCAGACAAUUAUUUUCUCGU